AUGCUGCCUUCGCAAGAAGCCUCCAAAAUCUACCAUGACAACUACAUGCGCAACUCCAGGGCCAUCGGGGUCCUGUGGGCAAUAUUCACCAUCUGCUUGGCCAUCAUUAAUGUGGUGGUCUUCAUCCAGCCCUACUGGAUCGGCGACAGCGUCAAUACCCCCCAAGCCGGCUAUUUCGGCUUGUUCCACUACUGCGUGGGCAACGGGAACUCCAACCGGGAGCUCUUGUGCCAGGGCAGCUUCUCCGACUUCAGCUCCAUCCCAUCGGGAGCCUUCAAGGCGGCCUCCUUCUUCGUGCUGAUGUCCAUGGUGCUCAUCCUCAGCUGCAUCGGCUGCUUCGCCCUCUUCUUCUUCUGCAACACCGCCACGGUCUACAAGACGUGCGCCUGGAUGCAGCUGCUAUGCGCUGUGUGUUUGGUACUCGGCUGUAUGAUCUUCCCGAAUGGCUGGGACUCCGAGGUGAUACGGGACAUGUGCGGAGAGGACACAGCGAAGUACACCCUUGGCAACUGCUCGGUGCGCUGGGCCUACAUCCUGGCUAUCAUUGGUAUCCUGGAUGCCCUCAUCCUCUCCUUCCUGGCGUUCGUGCUUGGCAACCGGCAGAGCGACUUCCUGCAGGAGGAGCUGAAGGCCGACAACAAAGACUUUGCUGUGUCAAGGAUUGAAAUCCGGGACACCAAGGAUCCAAGAUUCGGAGUCCGGCGGUUCCCCUGAGAACCAAACUUCCUGUCCUCCUCUUCCAUUUUCCCCUUCCUUCAGUCCAUCCAUCCAUCCAUCCAUCCUCCUCUUGCUCAUCUUCUUCUCUCAUUAGCUCUUCAGGUUAAACCUUGAUCUGGGCUUGGAGGCCAAAGCCCAGCAGUUUGUAAAAUAGGACUGAAGUGGAAUCACCUAACAAAGGCAAACUGUCUUUUGGAAGACAAUUACAUCCUGAGGGGAAGUAUGACCAUCAGCUUUAUCAAACUCUGGGAUACAGUCAUUCAUAACAUACAGUGUUACUGUCUCAUAACAUUGUUAUAACAAAGAAUAUGACGUUAUUGAUAAUGAUAAUGCUUGCAGUAGGAGUAUUCUAUGAAACUAUACAUAUUUUUAUUGAGUGGAGAAAAGCUAUUUCCAGCUUUAAAAGUAAUGUUAUAAAGUGCGUAUGUAAAAGCACACAGGUGCUACUUCUGAUAUAAUAAGAAAUAAAA